AGACUGAUAGAGGGCACAGUUAGUUAUCAUGGCGGGAGAAGUGGUUGUUGAUGCUCUUCCUUAUAUUGAUCAAGGAUAUGAUGAUCCAGGAGUUCGAGAAGCGGUAUUGUCCAUGGUAGAAGAAGAGACGAGACGUUACAGGCCUACUAAAAACUAUCUUGAACACUUACCUGCCUUGAAUCUACAUGGUUUUGAAACAGAUAUAAUGAGAACAGAAUUUGAAAGACUUCAAGCCAGGCAACCUAUGGAAAUGUUGAGUAUGAAAAGGUAAUUAACAUUUC